CUUCUCUUCAUUUCCUCUGACCUUCCUAUUUCCCAUCAAAUCUUCCAUGUUUUCUCCAUAAAUUCAAUCCCAUCUCCUUCCGAGAAAAAACCCUUGUACCUUAAGAUAUCACACUUCCACAUCUAUAUAAAACUGAUAAAUAUUCGACAAAAUCCUAAAACUUCAAGUUGAAUUUUCUUUUUUCUUGAUUGCCCUUUAGAAAUGGAUGUAAUACAAAGUGUUCCAAGAGUGAUGAGCAGCGAUAAGAAGAAGACUAAAAGCAAGAGGAAUAUUAACAAUUCACUCAAAGUUGUGUAUAUCUCUAGCCCUAUGAAGGUGAAGACUAGCGCGACAAGAUUCCGUUCCCUUGUUCAAGAACUCACCGGUAGACACUCCAAUGUGUCCCAGUUUAUGGAUUCCAAUGUUUGUACUGGUUUUCAUGAGGUUAAUGAAUCUGAUGGAAAUUUACUGCCCAAGUCUGUGAAUGAUGAUGUCUGUGCUCAAGGCGAGUCGCCCACGAGCUCAGAUUCGACCUUUUUGGAGGCUAUUGGCAAUGACAACAUAUUCAGCUCUCAGACGGAACAGCAAUUUGCUGAAAUUUUUUCGUCUUUUUAUUCUUCUGAGUUGGACUUGGAUGUUCUAGGAAGCCAAGAGGAUUUACGAAUUUUGUAGACCAUAUGUUUAUACGUAUAUAUUAUGAUUAUAGUUAAUUUGUCUUGAUUCCAAGAUAUGCCUGGUUAACAUAUGUCAUAAUUACAGAGUGAGGGAUGAAAACUUUUAACUAAGCGUUUGUUUGAGAAUUUUUGUUAAUAAAUGGUUCAAUUUAUAAAUGGACAAAAUGAGUAUAUUGAAUAAAGUGAAAAA